AUGCCAGCAAAAGGGUCAAGCGACGACACGGUCACCCUGAAUAGUGGCGUAACGGAUGGGAUGGGGCAGAUGGCGAAAUGCUGCUCAUUGGCGGGACUCAAUACCGAAGACUCAAUACCGAAGACUCAACACACGAUUGGAAAUGGGUCACGGCUAUCACAUAGGGAUUCUCCAAAGCCGAAACGGAUGAGCUUCCCUCUCCUCUAUCGCAAUCCUGAGAUACUCGACAUGGGCGGCGGAAUGGCCAGAAAUGAGACCAUCUUUCGCAAAACCCCCGAUGCCGCUUUUCAUGUCAACCUCUUUUGGUUACGGUACCUAGCGCUCCCGCUCCCUCGAUGGACCACUGGCACUUCGCAGCAUCGUUUCGCCACGCCUUUGAUCCACUCGGGAUCGAUAUGA